GCACGAUAUAAAGUUUGCGCUACCUUUGAGCACGUUAUUUCAAUGCUUUCAGCAAAGGAUUUUUAUCGCUCACUUUGUGGGCAGGGCGAACUGGAAAAUACAAGUGAAGGUAUUUCAUCGAUAGACAAAUUGGAUACAUUAUAUGCCAAUAAUGACCCAGAUGUGAUAUCAUUUACAAGUUCGAAGCAGGCAAUACCCGCACCAUCAGGAAGCAAUACUGCUAAGGACAGAAGACGUGUUGUGUUUGGGAGUAUCGAUGAUAAUGAUAGCUCUUGCGGAAAGCUUCUCGAAAUGUUUGACAACGAAAAGAGUGCGAUGCUUGUAAACAGUUCUAAUAGUGUAUCUUUGGAUUCUGAGUUGAAGGUUGAGGAAUUAUUCGCGAAUGAAAUGUCUAGAAACCAACAAGUGACAAAUGAAAACAAUGACCAGUAUUCCAAAAUUGAUCUUUUCAGUACUUCAUCGGAGUAUGUGCGGAUGUCUGCCGGUAAUUUGUUGACUCCUUUGGAACGUGGUGAAUUAUUGAUAAGGCAAAUGUUGAGGCCCACCGAGUUGGAAAAGUUUUUUAGUGAUACGUACCAGAAAACUCCAUUGUAUGUGGAACAUCCUGAGUCAGAACGUAGUAAUUGGAUGAGUUUAUCUUCAUUGCAAAAACUGUCAGUCGAGGAGUCCCUGGUUUUUGGCCAACAUGUGGAUUUGAUUGAAAGUGAAGGUCUACGCCAUCGCAUUGUUAAUCCACCUGGUAGAGCUUUAGCUGGAAUUAUAUGGGACCAUUUUCAAAACCGUGGUGGGUUGCGUUUCCAUAAUUUGCAAGCAUUCUUCAGACGUAUUCGCUUUCGUCUUGGUCUUCUGCAAGAGUAUUUCGGUUGUAAUUUCAGCAUAACAGCCAAUCUGUUUCCCUCACAACCAUCUGGAUUCGUAUACAGGGGUAUAAAUUCGGAUGUAUUUAUUCUACAGCAAGAAGGAUCACAAGUUUUGGAAAUGUCAAGGUAUAGUUUUAAAAACGAUUUGUGA